UAUCUAUAAUCUUUUCCGACAGAGAAACGUUUGGCCAGGAAUGAUGGAAGCGCUGCUGAUCCUCCCAGCCUUUUCUGUUUCUCCCCCGCCCAACUUCGCUCCUACUCCUCCUUAUCGCCACCGCAACCACCUAUAUUCCGUCGCUACUUCCACAACCAAGUCAAAGUCUAUACUAAAUCCUAACAACAAGUCUAAUCCAUACUAUUGUCACUCUAAUUUACGUUCCGACGCCUCGGUAACUCCUCUGCCGCUGCUUACACCCGAGUCUAAAUGGGACCCCUCCGCUUCCAACGGCCAAGAAAGCGCUAUCUUUUACGCGGAAAUUGCUUCCAACAUCGCUAGGGACGGGAGAUUCAAGGACUUCUUGAUGGUUGUGGAAAGCAUCGCAGCUUCGGGAGUAGGAGUUUCGGAUUUUGUAAGGUUGCUGAAUGUGGACCUCAUAUCUCUCGGAAUUGUGCGAAGUAUCGAUGGAGGGAGCGCAGGUAGUGUUAUUGAGCUGCUUGGCAGUGUUCAGAAACUACAAAUCGAUCCAUCUCUGCUGCUUAAUAAUGAUGCUAUCCACGCGCUUGGGAAGUAUUGUCGGAGCAUUGUGGAAUGUGGCCAAGAAGAAGAAAUUGUUACGUUGAUGGAAACGCUUCAAGGAUACGGUUUUCCAUGUAAAAAGUUGGUUGGGACCUUGCAAAUCAUAAGGCUUUGUGUGACAAAAGUAAACCCAGGUGCUGCCAUCAGGUAUGCACAUAUUUUUUCACAUGCACAAAUUUUGUUGUGUACCACAAUUCUUGAAUUUGGGAAGAAAGGUGACUUGGGCUCUGCUAUGACUGUAUUUGAAGCAUCAAAACAGGGUUUGACCUCUCCUAAUAUGUAUGCCUACCGAACAAUUAUAGACGUUUGUGGUCUUUGUGGUGACUUCUAUAAAUCUAGGGCCAUAUAUGAGGAGUUAAUUGCUCUAGGUGCAACUCCAAAUACUUAUGUUUUCAACAGUCUCAUGAAUGUAAAUGCUUGUGAUUUGAGCUACACAUUGUCUCGUUACGAGAAAAUGAAGUAUCUAGGUGUUCCAACUGAUAUUACAUCUUAUAAUAUCCUUCUCAAGUCGUGUUGCCUUGCUAGAAGAGUUGAUCUGGCCAAAAACAUUUAUAAGGAGCUGAAGUCUUUGGAAACAAGAGGACUAUUGGCGCUGGAUAUCUUCACAUACAGCACCUUAAUCAAUGUGUUUGCUGAAGCGAAAAUGUGGCAAAUGGCUCUCAAAAUCAAAGAAGACAUGCUAUCAGUAGGUGUUGCUCCAAGUGUCAUUACAUGGUCAUCAUUGAUCAAUGCUUGUGCCAAUUCAGGGCUUGUAGAUCAAGCAAUUCAACUGUUUAAAGAGAUGCUUCAAGCUGGUUGUGUGCCUAAUGCACGAUGCUGCAACAUUGUCCUUCAUGCUUGUGUUGAAGCGCGCCAGUACGACAGGGCCUUUCGGCUUUUUAGGUCGUGGAAAGAAAGCGGGCUUCAGAAGGACGGCUUUGGAAGAAAUUUAGAAAACAGUAUGGGUGACACUGACAAUCUUGGAAAUUGUGCUAGCUUGCUGAACUGCACCUCUGGAUCAAGUGUAGAACGGUUCUCAUUUGGAAUUCCUUUUAUACCCACAACAUCAACUUAUAACACUAUGAUGAAGGCAUGUGGUACUGAUUACGAUCGUGCUAAUACUUUGAUGGAUGAGAUGAAAACAAUGGGUCUUUCUCCUAACCAUAUAAGCUGGUCCAUUUUGAUUGGCAUAUGUGGAAGCUCAGGAGAUGUACAUGGGGCAAUACAGAUCUUGCGAUCCAGUCUUGAUGCUGGCAUGCAACCUCAUCAUCUUACUUACACCACAGCUAUCAAGGUCUGUGUUGAACACAAAUAUGUGAAGGAUGCAUUUUUGCUGUUUGCAGAAAUGAAAGAGUUUGGGAUAAAGCCUAGUAAGGCAACUUACAGUACACUUCUUAGAGCUAGUAGCAGAUAUGGAUCUUUGGAGGAGGUACAACAAUGCCUUGCUGUAUAUCAGGACAUGCGGAAAGCUGGGCACAGACCCAAUGAUUACUCUCUCAAACAACUAAUUGAGGAAUGGUGUGAAGGUGUAAUACAGAAUUGCCACUGGAAGGAAGGCCUACAUGCUCAACUAAAUUUGAUCGAUCAAGGUUCUGAAAGUAUGCUUCUUGAAAAACUUGCUGAAAACUUGCAGAAGAGUACUGCUGAAUACCUAUCUAUUGAUCUUCGUGAACUCUCUAAGGUUGAAGCUCGCCUAGUGAUUCUUGCAGUGCUGAGAAUGAUCAAAGAGACAUAUAAUCCAGGAGAUUUAAUUACAGAUGAUGUGCAAAUCAUAUUGGGAGACGCAAAACCUGAGUCCGAGCAUGAAAGUGAAGUUAAGGAAACAAUAAUCAAACUUUUGGAACAUGACUUGGGUCUUGAGGUUGCUUCCACGGCAUCCAAAGACAAAAUUUGUCGAAAUGACGCGGAUGAAUCUUCAAGCGAGGAGGGGAAUAGGGAAAGAGAUAAUUUGACAUCUCAAGUGUAUUCUCAUACAAGGAGACCUGCACUUAUGCAAAGAUUGAAGAUAACUAAGGAAUCAUUACGUCGUUGGCUUCACAGAAGAGUGGAUGCUUUUGAAAGACAACCUUCUAGAUGUGGUGCGUGAACAAGUAAUCAGAGAUUCUUUCUGUACUUUGAUAUGUAGAGUUCUAGAGUUCCUUUGCAUCUUUCUUACACCUGAUCAAUAUGCUCUGCUUUGUUUAACUGUCAUGUUAUAUAUAUUAAAAAAAAUGUGUACACUAUUCUUGAAGAAAAUAAUAUUUACCCACCACUUUUUUAGGUUUGCAACUUUUGUUAGAAUUUCCAAUUAACUUCUUUUGAGUUUUGCAAAUUGCAACUUUUGUUACAAUUUCCAAUUGGCUUUUUUAUCUGAGUUUUGUCUAAAAAUGUGAUUAAA